AUGUCUUUGAAAUCGUUGAAGAAAUCUGAUUUAAUUCAGCUUGCUCAGGAGUUGGGAUUGAGUUACUCAAGCCGUGACUUGAAAGAAGAACUCGUUGAAAACAUUGCCAGACACUUUUUGGAGCAAGAUGAGCUUGAAAGCAAUCCAAAAUACUCCAAGUUUUACCUAUCUAUUCGUAAGGGAUCCCCUGCUAAGAAACCUGUUGUUUACGAGCGAAUUGGUUCCGAAGAGGAACUUGAAGAAAGCAAGAAAGGACUUCAGAUUGAUGGAGAUGAAGGGGAGGAAGACGAUGAAGAUAGUGAGAUUGUUGACGAAGAGGUUGAAGACGACGAUGAAGAUGAAGAGGGCGGCGAGGAUAACGAAAGUGUGGACUCGCUACAAUAUAAAGUUAAGAGCCUCAAAAGAACACUUUUUGGUAGAUUGGAAUACUUCAAAGAGUACCUAUUAGACUCUAACGAAUUGGUUAGAGAUGUUUUAAGCACUCCUGAAACUGUGUUUCUCAUUGAACUCUUGUUUGAAUUGGCCCUCAUUGAACUUCAUUAUGGGGAAACCAUCCCCCUCUACAAAGUUUCUUUUCUUCCAAAAGCACUCAAGAAAGCCCUUCCAAUUCGUGUUAAAAAUCUGAAAGUUUUCAACCUUCAGCCUCUCCUGACUAUCAGUUUUUUCCAAUUAUUUGUAACCUGGUUUUUAUCUUCGGUAUUGGUUCCCCUUAUUGCUAGUUACUACUUCAACUUUAGUGAGUACUUGCAAGGUUACAAAUAUGACCCUGUCAUUUUUGGAAUCGCUAAACUGAUACUGACUUUAACUGUUGUUAAAUCUUCGAUCACUCUGUCUGACGUCAAAGAUGAGCUGUUUAAUGAAUUCAACUUGCCAAGUACCGUUCUAACUCAUACUUACUUUGCCGCAAAGUCAUUUUUCCUCCACGGUUCCGUGGAACUGAGGUUGAUAUUCGGUAAUGUAAGUAUAGUCUCUACGUUGAUCACCACGUUUGUAGCAUUUUACUCUGUUUUGCAGUAUGUAUAA